UGGAAAACUCAACAACUUCUAAAGUUGGUUGUAGAUUAUUUGAAUUGGAAGGCGAACUACAUCCAACCUAAUUAUGGAUGAUCAACUUUGAAGGAAGAUGCGAAUGAAUAUGGAUUUUGUGGCAUUAUAUUGUGGCACGUCACCUGGACUGGACAUAUCUGCUCACACUGGCUUCCUGUCAUUUUGCUUAAUGCAUGACAAACAAUUUACCAAUAUGGUGCUUGCUAGGCUGCUAGCUUCUUAUAGCUUAUAGCUCACCUCCUCAUCCUCAUCACAACAAAGGUACCGACCCAAACCGAAAACACCACCGAUCGACGUUCUUCUUCUUCUACUCUGAUCAGUUGUAAACUUGUAACAAUUGUGUUACUGUAUUUAACAUGUCUAGCAACUGUCCACAUAAAAUUCCUACAGAGUUUAGACCAUUUAUUUACAGCUUAGAUGAACACUGAGAAUAUCCCUCAGAAUAUUACCUGCCGCGGUGAUCAUCUUCAGCCAAUUACAAACCCAACCCAUUUGCAUGGCACACUAGUUUAUGUACCUUCUUCAAUGUUUCAACCAUCUUUUACAGGCCUAGUACCUUUCAACAAAAUUUUUUACUUGUAAGCUUUCCUUUUAUCAUCUCCCUCCACAUUUAAUAUUUUACAGAUUCCCCCCUUUGAACUUUUCAUUUUAUUCUUUGAGCACCCCUUUUAGCCUAACUAGCUUAGCUAAUUGUACAUAUACAGAUAGAGAGCUAGAGAUAAACCAAUUCACUUUGUGUCUUUUCAUGAGUAAUUAGCAAAAGUUGCGGGCUCAGCCACCCCUAGUCAAUUAGUAAUAGUAUAGUAGCUAGCAAGAUUUGUAGUAGUAGUAGUACUAAUUUGUUUUUAGCGGUCCCCUGGAGAAGUUGAUUGAUGGAAGAAGCCUCACAUGAUAAAAUAGAGGGCUCCUCUCCCUCAAAGUUAAAUAACCCGCAUCCCACCAUAAACACACCAAAUAACAACAACAACAACAAUAUGCACCACUGCAUGGACAUACCAAUGGGGGGAUUGGAGGUUCACAAGGUUGUUCCUCCACCCCAUAGAAGCACCUUGCAGAAGCUCAUGGCCAGGCUCAAAGAAACCUUCUUCCCAGAUGACCCUUUGCACCAGUUCAAAGGACAGCCACCAAAGAAGCAAUGGAUUCUUGGAGCUCAGUAUGUCUUCCCUAUCCUUGAAUGGGGUCCUACUUACAGCUUCAAGCUCCUCAAGUCUGACAUUAUUUCUGGUGUCACCAUUGCUAGUUUAGCCAUCCCUCAGGGAAUCAGUUAUGCUAAGCUUGCUAAUCUACCUGCAAUUGUGGGUCUCUAUUCCAGCUUUGUUCCUCCUUUAGUGUAUGCUGUUCUUGGAAGCUCAAGAGACCUUGCAGUAGGACCUGUGUCCAUUGCUUCUCUUAUAAUGGGAUCAAUGCUUAUGCAAGAAGUUUCUCCCACAAAAGAUCCAAACUUGUUUCUUCAACUUGCCUUUACUUCAACCUUCUUUAGUGGUAUUAUCCAAGCUUCCCUAGGAUUAUUGAGGCUUGGAUUUAUCAUUGAUUUCCUUUCAAAGGCCACUCUUAUUGGUUUUAUGGCUGGAGCUGCUGUGAUAGUUUCUCUGCAACAGCUUAAGAGCCUCCUUGGAAUACAAAAUUUCACCAAAAAAAUGGCUGUAGUCCCUGUUUUGAGCUCUGUUUUUGAGGAACGAAGGGAGUGGUCAUGGCAGACCAUAUUAAUGGGAGUUUGCUUCCUUCUGUUGCUCCUAAUCGCAAGACACGUCAGCAUGAGAAAGCCAAAGCUGUUUUGGGUCUCAGCUGGAGCCCCUCUUGCGUCUGUCAUCAUCUCCACCGUAAUUGUUUUCGCAAUCAAAGCCAAUCGCCAUGGCAUCAGUGUGAUUGGAGAUUUACAGAAAGGAUUGAACCCACCUUCAUGGAACAUGUUGAUUUUCAGUGGGACCCACAUAGGACUUGUGAUUAAGACUGGGAUAAUCACUGGCAUCAUUGCUCUCACAGAAGGCAUUGCAGUAGGAAGGACUUUUGCUACUCUGAGAGAAUACAGGGUGGAUGGAAACAAGGAGAUGAUAGCAAUUGGGCUCAUGAACAUUAUUGGCUCCAUCACUUCCUGUUAUAUCACAACAGGUUCUUUCUCACGGUCAGCUGUGAACCACAAUGCCGGAGCAAAAACCGCCUUGUCGAACAUAGUAAUGUCGGUGACAGUUAUGGUGACCCUCCUGUUUCUGAUGCCUCUAUUUCACUACACACCCAAUGUUAUAUUGGGUGCCAUUAUAGUGACUGCAGUGAUUGGCCUCAUUGACGUUCCAGCUGCUUAUCACAUUUGGAAGAUUGACAAAUAUGACUUCAUUGUCUUGGUGUGUGCUUUUCUGGGUGUCAUUUUUAUCUCUGUUCAACAGGGCCUGGCCAUUGCGGUUGGAAUAUCGGUUUUCAAGAUUCUACUGCAAGUGACAAGGCCGAGGACAGUGGUGUUGGGAAAUAUACCUGGGACAGAUGUGUUUAGAGACCUACACCAUUACAAUGAAUCAGCAGUGAGUGUCCCUGGUUUCCUCAUUAUCAGCAUAGAAGCAGCGAUCAACUUUGCCAACACCACUUAUCUGAAUGAAAGGAUUUUGAGAUGGAUAGAAGAAGAAGAAGAUGAUGGAAACAAACAUCCAAACAUUCGAUUUGUCAUUAUAGAUAUGUCAGCUGUGAGCACCAUAGACACAACUGGGAUCACACUCUUUGGAGAUUUAAGGAAAGCAAUUAGAAAAAAGGGAGUUGAGCUGGUGUUGGUGAACCCAUUGGCUGAGGUUGUGGAGAAAUUGCAGAAGGUGGAUAAAGACAAUGAGCUGAUGAGACCAGAUCAUCUUUACCUGUCAGUAGGAGAGGCUAUAGCUUCACUGUCGAUGGCAAUGAAGAAUCAAGCAUCAAACAUGUACGAUGAGGAGAUGCAGACGAAUGAGCCCCCCCAAAAGCUAACCACAGCUUAAAAAGACAGGACACGCAAGGACAGCAACCCAAAAUAAACAAAAAGUUGCAGAUAUACAAUUAUGGUAAUUCAGGGUCCUACUGAUUGUCACAUGCUUUUCUUUUGUGUCUUUGGUAACAUGUUCCUAAAAUCCUAACGGAUAUAAUAUUAGAAGUUGCCUUGUAAUUUUACUCGCAUCUAGUACUAGUAGGUAGGUCAUUCAUUCCCUUUCUGUAAUUAACAAAUUUUGUUUGGAGAAUGUAGUAUAGUAUGGAAGCUCAAAUAAACCAGUACGCAUCUUAGGAAACCAAC